GAGCAGAUGUCAGCUUGUGUUGUGUGCUUGCGGGCUUGGCGGCAUCAGGAUAUUUUUGAAACAAAAUAUUUCGUCGAAAUGCCGAAAAGACUGUACACCUACUGCUGCCGGCUGUGUCUUCACGAUGGGUCGGUGCACGAGCUGUUCGAUAUUUUUACGGUUGAAGGAUUGGGUCGGAAACUGCUCAACAUUUUCAAUAUAAAGAUCACCCCUCAAGACGCUUGCACCACCAACAUUUGUUUGACAUGCUUUAACGAGGCGCUGACACUCGAUCGACAGAUGCAGUUGUUUAAAAAGCAGAAGCAAACCGUACUUGAUAACCAGCAGCGGCUGAACAACAAGGGUCCCGCCGCAGCUACGGCAACAAGUGAACUGUCGUCCGUGGCAUCGCCUGAAGUGCCUGCAGCCGUGUCAACCACUUCCUCGGAGGCACAACAAUCUGCGGCGGACAGCAUCGGGGAUGACGGUCCAGAAACAUUAAACUUUUCGCCUAUAACAAUUCCCGGAAAGGACUUGGAUGAAACCAACAACCAGACGCGACAAGGUUCCAAAGAAGCGACCGAUAAGAAAAGGCUCGUUCAUACGAGUACCAUACUGAUGAAGGCAUCGGGAGAGACAACCAAAAGCCGUGGCAAAACUCCAGAAUCUUCUUCAGCGGCCCAUGCAAAGAGGGCAUCAGAAGAAACGCCCAAAAGUCGUACCAAAACUCUUUCAGUGGAUCGUGCGUCUUCAACAUCGAAGAAGGCAUCAGAAGAAACGCCCAAAAGCCGUACCAAAACGUCAGAACAUUCUUCAUCGGCUCAUGCGAAAAGGGCAUCAGAAGAGGCGCCCAAAAGCCGUACCAAAACGCCAGAACAUUCUUCAUCGGCUCAUGCGAAGAGGGCAUCAGAAGAGGCGCCCAAAAGCCGUACCAAAACGCCAGAACAUUCUUCAUCGGCUCAUGCGAAGAGGGCAUCAGAAGAGACACCCAAAAGCCGUACCAAAACGCCAGAACAUUCUUCAUCGGCUCAUGCGCGACCCAAAAGCCGUACCAAAGUUCCAGAAUCUCCUUCAACGACUCAUGCGAAGAAGGCAUCAGAAGAGGCGUCCAAAAACCGUACCAAAGUUCCAGAAUCUUCUUCAGCGGCUAAACGAUCACAGCCUACUGUUGGAUGCAAUGGAGAAACGGGUACGCCUACCGUUGCCAGUUCGCAAACACCAUCCAAGCAGGUGUCAAACGCGGCGAAGGCUGCGCCUGUUGCAACAGGUGUUGAAAGUAUGAAAGCCUCAAACCAUUCCGCACAGCCGCCUCGAUCCGUCUCGUUCAACAUAGCGGGCGACGCGAAUGCUGACAAGAUCAUAGGACAUACUGUGAAUGAUGAUGCACAACAGAAGGGGUACAAUGAACUGAAUGCUGGGCAAAGUGCGGAACAAAGUACUCCAGUCCUUGCCCUGAACGGCCAACGGGUUGUGGCAAACGAAUCGAAUAGUGGGUCACAGGAACAGGUUUCGACGGUAACGAAGGAUCUGCCUGAUCGACCGGUUGCUGCAGAACGGAGUGUGGCUUCGUUGCUGGGAGACAAAUUUAAACCGACGUUUACGCCAUUGCAGGGUGGACUGUGUUCCAUACCGUUCGCAAAUAUAGCCGCGUCAGUUUAUCGAAAUGAAUCUCACCCCGUUGUCUCAUCGACGGCGAACGGAACAGGAGCAGGGGGCAUCAAUAGCCUAGUGACGGAGAACAGACAACAGCCAACGGUAACAACCAUUGCUUGUAUUCCGGCUGCUAGUAGUAGCCAGCCGACACAGGUGCACAGUAAUGCACCAGUAGGUGAGACAACGCCAGUUGAAAACACCGUAAACCAUACCGUCAGCAAUGUAGCAGCUUCUCCCGCAGCCAUCAAAAAGCGUCGCCACAGUACCUACAUUCGCGUGUCAUCCAAUUUGUUUGACGAACCUCCCGAAAAGGCACAGUUUGCAAUGCUUAACAAUAAUCUCUUCAUGCGAAACGUGCAAAACGUAACUGCCGCCGCGCCACCUGUAGCAAACCCGUUUCCCCAUUUGCCAGUACUACCGCAGGGGCUUAGAGUGCAGGCCGUGCUAAACCCUCAGAUGCCGACGCCUGUCAACAGUGCAUUAAAUAGUAACGCGUUAGUUCAGUAUGCUCCCAUUGCGACAGUUGGGGUGCAAAACGCCCAACAUUCGAACACGACCAUCUCCCAAAGGCCUCCAAAUCCCGUACAGGUUAUCGCCAACAGUACCAACUUCGGAAUUAUUUCCGGCGCUAGCUAUGCGCCAGCAACUGUUAGCGUUCAACAACAGCAGCCGACAGUAUGCCCGGUGGCAAUUCAACCGGCUAGUAACAUACCAGUAGUAACGACCAGUACCGGUGGCAUCCAUUAUACCAACUUCGGAAUCAUUCACCCAGCUAGCUAUGCGCCAGCAACUGUAAGCACCUCAACGAUCAUUCAACAACCACAGCAAAAUCGGCCGACAGUACGUCCGGUGCCAAUUCUACCGGCUAUUAACAAAGCAGCAGUUACUAACAACCAACAGGUGAACGCCACCGUCAAUAGUAACGCCACGCAUCAGUCCAACCUUACUGCCACCACAAAGCAGCCGAUUCGUCCCUGUUAUCGGUGCAACAUUUGCAACACAUACUAUAUGCUAGAAUCUAAUUUAGCGAACCAUAUGCAACGGAUGCACCAGGUAGAGAGAAACGAACAAAACUGCUCGAAGGUGUACAAUGAGUCCAUCAUGAGCACUUUGAUUGCCCGCUACCGGCGUAAAUCGAUUGCCGAUCCGUCAUUGCUCAGUGGCAAUCGUACGUGAAGAAGUUAACGCACGUAAAUGUUCGUUAUUCUGUGCUGUUAUUUAGAACGUUCGAAUCACUGAACUCAUGACAAUUAUCAGGAAUCAAUCGCGAGGAAAUGUGAAAUGCAUCAAACAUCAUGAUACAGCAGCAGUAAACAAUGUACAUAUUGCCAUAUUAACAGGUGUUGCGAUAUGUGUAAAAUCUGCGCAAUGCGAUCAACACGAUGGAAUACUUUUUCGUAUAUCAGUUUCUAAAUCCUUACCAUACGAAAUACGAACAAACAAUGUUUUUUUUUAAAUUUUUUCAUCGACGGAACAUUAACGGCAGAAGUAGCUAGGUGUAGUGUGACGACGUAAAUCUCGUGAAAAUAAGUAUUGUAACCGUUAUGUUUGAAUUGAUUGCAUUGGCCGGGGAGUAAGAAGGAUAUGUUUUGUUUUGUUUUCCUUCUUUGCUCUCAGCAUUAUGAUGAAGUUUGAUUAUUUCUCGUAUGAAACGUUCGUCCAAUUAAAGGAAACUUGUUAUUAAGGCUAGUAAACCAAUGUCAUGUUGGCAAGUACAUGCGGUUAAAUAUAUUUCACCUUAUACACCCUUAAAACAACCCUUAUAUGUUUCACCAAUGAUUCCUACCAUCCUCUCUCGAUUGAUGUGCCCCAAUGUGCCUUCGCUAGACCUAGACCACUGGUGCCACCGGUGUGGCGGACCGUAAAAUGAAGAACAGCGCGCGCUAUGUAGUUCAGGUGUGACUUUGAACUUUGCUACCGGUGUAGCACGAACGCUUGUAGGUUUCUAGGGUACUGGAGUACUGGACUAGCGAUCGCGUUGACUAGUUCUGCGCGCGGCUAGCGAAAAGCCUUGCUCCGCAAAGUACCACACCAUGUAAUAGCACGCACGCAAAGGGUUUGCGUGAAUUUAGUUCUUGCACCGUUUUUUUUUUGUUGCUUAUUUCCUUUCGCUGUGGAAGAGCUUGUUGUAUAGGGCAACAUUUACCAUUUCCCAUUCUGUUGGUUUGUUUGACUAGAUUUAGGGACGUGUGUUGGGAGGGUUGAAUGCGUUUGAAUAAAUAUUAUGUGACAUAUACAUAUGGGGUUACUAUUCUACAAAUCAAU